AUGGGACAGCAAAUCUCGUUACCGACAUCAGAUGUACUGCUGCGUCCAGUGCAGGCACCCUCUGUACCGCUCAGCGACGUUGGCAAAGUCGAUUACUCUGGUAAGGAGGUAACUUCAACUACUUUGGAAGAUUCAAAAGACUUUACCGAUAAAAUCCUUGAGUUUGGUCCCACAUUGUGCAACUUGCCAAAAGAGAGGGAAGUAAUCGGACAGUUACAGCGAUGUAGUCCAGAACAACAAAUAAAAGAGAUUAUGAGCGCCGUGGACUCGGUGGAAGAGUUAUUCCAGCACAUUUCCCAGCUCACUUGUCUACCAACACAAGAUGGAUACAAUCCUUUGCAACCAAAGAUCGCUGACGAGGUGAUACCUGGAAUGUUUGACGCUCGAGUUGCAAGCUACGUGAACAACUUGAAGACGUUGUAUCAGAUGAUAAAGAAGGAAAAGUACCGAUACGAACAGCGUCUAUUGGCUUCAAGAGCACGCUCGAUGACUUUGUGCAAAGUGUCGCCGCCACCACUGCCAUUACCAACGCAAAACUGCCUGACAAUGAGCUGGGAUCUGGUGGUGAUGUUACUGAAAGCCACACGCAAAAACGACCUGAAACAAUAUGAAGAAGCAUUGCAGAUGGUCAAGGAAAAUUUGAGAUUAGUGAAACCUACUGCCUACUCGGACAGUAUGUACCUGGCACCUUCCGCAGCAUCGGCAUUUGAUUUGCUGAGUGAGUGUAUGGGUGACCUUGCUUAUCCUAUGACCGAUAGGACGUCUGAAGAUGAAGUGCGCGUCGGGGCACUCACGAUUGCGACAUUGGCCGAGGUGGGACUGGCCCGUGGGUCACUUGCGACUAUGCUCUUUGUGAUAGACUGGUUAAUGAAGCAGCCACCGACGAGCUCGGUAAAUUUAGAACUGUCAAUAGUGAAACUCGCCGCACUCAAAGAACAACCCAUGUACGAAAAGUGUGAGACUUCGGGGGAACUCUACACUUGCGGUCAGAACUCGUAUGGAGAACUUGGAACAGGGGACGAUAUGGAGCGACAUCAGCUCACCAAUAUUGCACUUUGUGGAUGGGAUGAUAUUCGCCAGGUAGUUAGUGGCAACGAAACAAUGGCGGUGCUCACGAAUGAUGGUUCUGUACUAACGUGUGGAUUGAACAAGAGCGGUCAAUGCGGCCAGGGACACUUUCAUGAACGAGUGAUGAUGUUCCGGCCUGUGCAGGCUCUGCGCUCACACCGAGUGAAGAUCAUUGCUGCUAGCAAUGGAUGCGAGCAUAUGAUUGCACUGACAGAUUCAGGUGUUGCGUAUUCGUGGGGAUACAAUGACCGCGGACAAUUGGGCCAUGGGAACUUGUCAACCAAGAUCCACUUCCCAAAGCUUAUUGAGUCGUUAAAGGAUACAAAACUUGCGUACGCUUCUGUGAGCUACCACCACAGCGCUGUGAUCACGAACUCUGGGGAGCUCUAUACGUUUGGUAUGAAUGAUUGUGGACAGCUUGGAUUGAAUCACACGCAGCACCAAUCGACACCGCAGCUCGUAAAGAGCCUCAUGGGCACCAAAAUAUCGAUGGUAGCUUGUGGAUUGUACCAUACACUAGUUUCCACAACCUCAGGAGACCUGUUUUCCUGUGGGAAAAACGAUCACGGUCAAUUGGGUUUAACCCACAAUCGUCCGGUGAAGGUACUUACCGCGGUUGCCCUUACAAAUGAAAUGGCAUGUUUCGUUGCGUGUGGGUACUACCACUCGGUAAUAGUUACCACUGUCGGUCGGGCUUUUUCAUUUGGUCGUAACGACUAUGGACAGCUAGGAAUUGGAAGCAAGGUACAUCAGAAUGUACCUAGUGUCGUGGCCUUGUCUGCCAGCACACGGGUGGUACGGGCAUCAUGCGGGUGCUACCACACUGUGCUUCUUUCAGAACAAGGAGAGGUCUUUGUUUUCGGACGAAACAACAAAGGACAGCUUGGAAAUCGAGGCAGCGCCGAUGCGUUGUUGCCUGUUCCCCUUAAAGUUCGCCCAGAGAAAAAAACCCGCCGCUGUGUAGAUGUUGCUGCUGGUUUCUACACCACGUCAUUAAUCGUAGAGCAAAAAGGCGAGAACGAUGAUGGCGAUUUCGCUAUGGUCGAUCAAUCGGGUGUCGUACCGAUUUGUGGACGUGUUGAUAUUGACCGCUCGGGAGAAGUCGAGGGGCUAAGUAACUUUGGUUCGAUUUCCACGGUAGGCGUGUCUCUUUUCGAAGGUAAAUGGUUUUAUGAGGUAGAGGUCGUCACUAGCGGUUUAAUCCAAGUUGGAUGGAUCGAUGGAUACUUCCAAGGGAGCUCAGACCAGGGAGAAGGAGUUGGCGACCAUGCCCACUCAUGGUCGUAUGAUGGUAAUCGCCAGCGACGUUGGAAUAGCGAAUCAUCAUCGUAUGGAGAAAAAUGGAGAGUUGGUGAUAUCAUCGGUUGUUUGCUUGACCUAGUUACGCAAAAGAUGACAUAUUUCCGGAACGGAGUCAACCUGGGCGUGGCAUAUUCUGAAUUUGAGUGCACGCUCAAUGACAAGCGUUCAGGUAUGAUGCCUGGUAUCAGUCUUGAACGAGGUGAAAUUAUCCGCAUCAAUCUAGGACAUCAGCCUUUUGCUUAUCCCCCAGCAACUGGUCACGACUUAAUGAGUAUAUCCCGAGCAAUAAGAGUGCCUUCUACUAGCGUAGUGAUUCACUCACCAGCAGACGAACCGAGAGCUGCAUUACUACAUCCAUCCCCUGUUAAAGAAUCCGCCUCAGCCUUAGUUGGCAACAAGCUGUUUGUUGUUGGUGGGAUAAUUGUUGGAGAGCCUUCGUUGCUCCAAUGUACAGAGCCAACAAAUCAAGUCUGGGUGUACGAUAUUGACGCAGAAAGCUGGGAGAGAUGGGCUGACUUUCCAAUUGGAAUUUGCAAUCAUCAAGUUGUGGCAAUCGAUGACAGUCAGAUUCUAGUCCUUGGCGGUGAGAACACUAGUGCGGCGUCACGGCAUAUGGAUUUGUACAAGUGUUCAACGGUGAGAAACGUAGAUGGCUCACUUCCAGCAUGGACAUUAAUUCAAGCUGUUGUUGGCGCAGCGAAUUCAAUGCCCCAGGCUCGUGCGUUUCAUACCGUCUCAAAGGUUCACGUUCGCCUUGACCCGAUCGUUUUCAUGUACGGCGGAAAAUCGGUCGACAACAGAAUUCUCGGAGAUGCGUGGUAUUUAUCACUCAAAAAUUAUGCUUGGUCUCGAUUGCCUGGUUCUCCAUCUCUAGAUCCUGGUCCACGAAUUGGAUCCUCUUCUGCUGCCAUUGGAGAGAGCGUGUAUAUAUUUGGAGGGAAGGAUCGUGCAGAACGGUACAGGUCGGACCUCUGGAAGUAUAAUACCUUUGACCGUAUCUGGCACUUGUGUCAUGACGAUAAUUUUGGAGAUUCCAAAGAUAUAGCAAGCCUUGCACACGGCUUGAGAAAUAAUUCCCAGUUGAUGCUACCGGAAGGUAGAAUAAGUUAUAGUAUGUGCUCUGACUUUGGAAACAUUUGGAUCUUUGGGGGUAUCAACCGAACAAACACUUACUUGUGUGAUAUGUGGUGUUUUUCAACGACAUCGCAAAAGUGGGUUUCCGUUGAAAUUACUACUCAGGGAAAACUUGACGGAUGUUGCUCAGCAGCAUUGCAUGUACGAGCGGGUACAGUGAUUGCAGCGCCUGACAUGCCCCACUUCGAUUCACCUGUCCCUCAUACCGAGGACGUUUUUCUUUUUGGAGGCUGCAUCAAUCUUCAAGGAAAAGUGUCUUGCUGCAGCAAAGUCCGAAAGCUCUCUUCCUCGAACUCAACAGGAUCGUACAAGCUUGACGCGGAAAAAAGCGUGUUGACAACUGGUGAGGCAGAGCAUGUGCUUCGCGCUCUUCGCACGAAAUGUGAGACUGCCAACAGGUCAACUCAGCAUUGCGCAGCAGAAGCCAGAGAUACUGCAAUUUGUUUGCUUUCUCAUCUGGAUCGUUUAGCUGGAAACGACGUUCCAGAAAAAGAUGCCGACUCUGUGCAGCUGUCGCGGUGUUUGUACCGGUCGCUUUGCAUAGAUCCUAACGAGGCAACGUUUUCAGCACUGUAUGCUUUGCUCGACACAGUAACGUCUCGUUUCGUCGAUACGGCCACGCUUGUGGAAGAGUCCAACACCACGUCACCGUUUAUUCACGUAUUGUAUCCGUUGCUCGUAACGAUACGGCUACUCAAGAUGAAUUUUUAUGAGUUUUCUCGUAGUUGUCUGGAUGGGUCAGUGAUUGGACUGACAGCUGGAUCAUCGCAAUGUGAAGGAGUUCUCAUCUCGAUUCGUGAGUUGCUCUUCAUGAUAGCAGACCAUGUACCGAAACUACCAGUGUCAGGGAAAGUGUUGUGGUUUUAUGAUGCAGUGAAGAAUGAAACCGCAUCAGCAAUCUACUUUGGAUUCUCAUCCCUUUUUCCAUCUCUCUUGGAUAAGUUACAAGUCAUGAAUCGUCUGAUGGUAAACAAGCAUAACUCGAAAGCGGAGGCGACACCAGCGCAGAAGCUAUUGGUUCCGAUGCUUGUUCCCUAUUUUACGUCAGCAAAAACGCUAUUUCAGUUGAUAGGUGACCCCGAUGUGCUUACCAAAGCAAACAGUUCAUCAGACGGGGUUGUUACUAAAAGUGUGACCGCAUUUAUGAGCACAUUGCUGACUAGGCUUCGGGAGAAGACGAAAGAUAUUAUGGAGUACUCACCAAAAGAUUUUACAAAGCUUAUAAGCAGCCUCGACGAUAUUGAAACAAGCUACGAGUUCAGAUGCCUCAAUGUCUUGCUGCGCGCAACAAUAUAUUGGUGUUCGUGCUCCACCAAUCGAGGCUGGAUGACCAUUGAAUUGGUGGGCACAAAGCUGGUGGCAUUCUUAUCAGAGUGUCUGGAUGAAUGCCAUGGAAUGCCAUGUAUGAAAAUUCAACGUCUUCUAGUGAUUAUUCAGCGCACUUUCUCAGGCAAGUUGCUGCCAUUUGUGCUACUCAGCCUUUUUUCGCUACCCUCCGUUCGUGACACACUUCCUGCUUUACUGGAUCCGUUUUGGUCUCACUUGGAAGAUCUUUCGACAAAGCUUCAUACAGUGCUUGCAGUUCUCAGUAAGCCUGGCGUUUUGUACUCACCCGGCCCACAUAUUGGGACACCCAUUUAUCUUGGAGGCAGUAGCAGUGACACUGACUUCGUGGAUACAGCGCUUGUGUCUGUUUCAAAAGAGCUCACCGUAUGUAUCUUGCAGCAUACAAGCGGAUGUUCCGUCACCUAUAAUCAAGUCUGUAAGAGUUUAUGGAAUAAGAUCACCAGCUCGAAGGGAUACACAUAUUGGAAAGUAAAGGAUUUACCGGAGGACGCGGAGAUUCGUCGGAUUACUAUCCCUAUGGAUUUAGCAAAACUUUUUGGAACUGAAACGCUACUUGUUAAGGUCCAAAUGAUUAGAACGGAAACUGGACUACUGAAUGAUGAGAUCGCGAAGAUUUCGUUUCUGCCCAGCCGGACUAUUCUAUCGCAACAUAUGUAUGCUCUUAGCGACGACCAGUUGCCUGCUCCAGGAAUAGCUGAGGCUGCAACACGAUCUUCUGCAAAACCUCUUACUCAGGUCGCAUGGUGCCCAGAUGAAUUGAUAGAGGAAAGCCACGAAUGGCUUAAGGACCUCCAAAGCAUAGUAGUUUGGGCCGGAAGUCAUUAUGCCGCCACGUUAAUAAUCGGUGGCUCGCUGGAGACUGGAGUCGCUGUCAGCGAGAGAUGGCUGUCUUCCGCACUUUUCCGGGGUGGACUGGAAGAAACAUCGCCUGAAACUACAUCAAAUGAUAACGGAGUUGGCAGGAAUGAAGCGCUCCUGCUACAAGUGGUGGACAAUGUCGGAAACGGCAAAAAACUUUUAGAUAAAGUGCGUAAUGCACUGGAUCAUGGAUCGGCUCGAGGAAACUUAAAUCUUCGAGCUGUAAGACUGAAGCGGCACGACAGUAUGGAGAGUGUGCUUGAGAAAAGUGGUGGAAUUGAGGAAGUGGACCGUGCGGUCCGAGCAACGUUUGCUGCUCUCUUGAAACAUACUAAUGUCUCCUACACAACCGAGCCAAUUUCAAGAGAAGGUGCACUAGCAGAAACGGUGAUUGAUGCCUGGAAGGCUGCACUACAGCUACGUCGUUGGAUCGUGAGAGAGCAGCAAAAACUGGCUGUAGCUUUCAGUGAGGCAGGGGCUCCAAGCGGAUUUUCUCCAGAUAUGGAGGCAAAGGACCGGCAACAGGUAUUAUAUAACGCAGUCUGCGAGCCUAUUAUCCACAGAGCAUUUCUUCUUCUCCAGGUGGCACCUGCACCAAUUCAGGUUGCCCCACCUGCCUCCUCUCCGAUGAAGCUUCUUCCUGGAAUCUCGAUAGCAAAAGUUUACGAUUUCGCGAUUAGGCAUCAAAGCAAGCCUACUAAAACGAAGUUAGAAGAGCCCGAGCAGAAGCGUUUUGCGCGCCAAUUGAACAAGCUGAUGGAAACAAAGUCGGUAAAGGUGAUGGAAGAAGAAGACGAGCAGAUACAUGCAGAUAUUUUCUCGUUCCUUCAGCAGUCAAGCAACCAUCUUCUAAAUUCCAUUCGCGAUAGCAAAGUUUCGUCUCACCACCCUGAAAAGCAAAUGCGAGGCAUAUUGUCUACACAUCAGCAUCGCGCGAAGAAGCGAUUACGAGGGCUUAAGACAUUUGUCCGUCUCGUACAGAAUAUCGAUAAUCUCCCAGUGUCGCGGUUCCACGUGAUUCCCAUGCUGUCUUCUGCGUUUAAGCGCGUUCGCAUGAGCAAAGGUCAAACCAUGAGAAAAAUGUCAGUAGAACAAACUUCAAUCAUCAAAGUGCACUAUUUGGCUGAUCUCGAGUUUGCUGGGCCUCAGCUAUCGGACGCCAUUCGACGGGAAUUCUUCCAUUUGCUGACUAUCCUUCUUGAAACAUCAACAAGGCACCUUCACCAAAUUCAGCAGCUCAUCGAAGCUAAGAUGGAUGGUAAAACGAAUGAGACAAGGUCAGUUUCGGCAUCGAUUCAUCUUGCUGUACACGAUAUUCUACUGGUACUGGAGACAUGCUGUUUCCCAUAUAGAGGGCAAGAUUGGAACCACCUUCAGUCUACCAACUUGGUAGCGCUAGUGACGGACAUGACGAGCUGGAAGGGAUGGCAAAGCUUCAUUCAGUACGAUACGUCAGAUUACUUACUGGCGGGUCAUAGCUGUACCGAGAAAUAUACCAUACUUCCAGCUGGGACGGGAUCGAAAUACCCACAUGUCAUUUGUUCGCGGUAUUUGACGCUCGGGACUGAUCACCGUAAAGUGACCAUCGCUCAUAAGAGCCUAUACGGAAGUGAUGGAAAUCUGCGGACAUCGAAUAAAUCACAGAACAGAGGUGGGCUUGCGGUAUUUGAAAAGAGUUUUUACAGGGGUCGUUGGUAUUGGGAGGUUUCAGUGCGACUACUUGGUGGUACUCCUGUGUUUGUUGGCGUCACAUCCGGCACAACAGAUCUUAAUACGUAUGUUCCGGGAGAUUGCAGUCUUUGUGGGGUGCUUCUUUACCACGAAGGUGUUAUGGGGGAUAUUACAACCGGAAUUCAAUGGAAUUGUUCGGAUACUCUUGGCGUUCUGUUAGAUUGUGAGAAGCGACAAGUGGAGUUUUACAACGGUGGGAAGAGAUGCUACGUGGUCUCCGUAGCUUCAAUCAAUUCCAUUGUAUGCGGUUUCUUUCCUUCAAUUGGUGUCAAGGAUGCCGAUGUGCUUUGGCAUCUCGCGCCUUCUGUCCCACCAAAAUUGUGGUGUGCUAGCUCCAACUUUCAAUUUCCAAAUGGAGUCAUCUCUGGAGGACUUGUAGCAGCUCCUUUUGAUGGAGCAUCGAUUGGUUGGAACGGAUAUCUUAAAGGAAGUCACCUGCAACUCUUGCCAAAUGGAACGACGGUGUCUGCCGGUGACUGCAGUUCAUCUCACGAUCAGUUUGAAACUCUUGUUGCAAGCCAGGGUUUUGAAAAUGAAAGCAUUUUCGUUGAGGUUCGUGUUAUUACGGCGGGGAAACAUGGACGAUCCGCACUCAGUUUUGGUAUUGUUAGCUAUGACUUUUCGGAGUUCGAUGAGCCGCUUCGGAACAAGUUAGAUGUCACGUGGAAGAGUGUAGAGGAGGUGUUACAUUCGGGAACUAUUGGAGUUUUGUUUGAUUUCAAAAAGGCGACCAUAACUUUGUAUUCUGGCCGCUGGGAAUCGGAAGUAUGCCAUAUAAAUCUUGCAACGCUAAGCAAACCUCUCUUUCCUGCCGUGUCAGUGCUCUGCAAUGGCACAGUUUUCGACGUAAAUUUUCAUCCCCGCCCUCGUCUCGAAUUACCAUCACAAGUAUUCUACCCAGCAACAAAACUUCUGAACCAUCACAUGUCUAAUGAUCUACAACUUGGAAAAAGUCUGCAGCUUCAAGUACAUACUUGUGAUGGCGGAGAGUUCAGCAGCUCACGUAUCACUCGUAAUUGUCUUGUGGAUGAUGCAGCGGUUUAUAGCUCGUCUAAAGGAACAAAUGUUAACCUGGUGCUGAAGCAUGAGGUUGAUACUCCUAUGUGCGUAAGUUACAUCCAUCUCAGAGGUCCCGGGUCAGGUUACUCGAGUCCUCUUCGUUGUGCCAUCAUUUUUAUCACCAGCAUACCUCCUGACCUAGCGUGCUUCCAAGAAUAUGACGACAUGACCGCGGAGGAAUUUGUUGCUCUGCCAUUUCCUCCCAUCAAUGGGUGCUACCCCCGCGAUGAAAGUGUUCCAGUCGCAUUUUUUGUACUGGACGGUAGCUGCGCUCAGAUUUCUAAACAGCUUGCUCAUCCGGUUUCUGGUCGGUACAUCCUUAUUAAAGCGCUAUGCCCGGUGGCUGGAACAAACAUUGAUAUUGGAUACAUAGGUGUCUGCGGUAUCUUUGAUCGUGAGAACGGGCCUGCGUACAACAACACGAUGGUAGGAUCGUAUAGCUGCGAAGAAUGUAAGAGAACGUCGUUAUGUGGAGUGUUUUAUGCACACGGAGAAGAUGAUAGCUUAAAGCUGUGUGCUGCGUGCUAUGAUGACAAUCGAGGCGAUUUGAAUUCGUCAUACUACGUCUACACGUCUGAUAAAUCUCAAGGCGAUCAUCUGAAAGCAAAGAAGUUGCUAUGCCCUUUACGAAGGUCAUGGAACGACAAGGCUACAGUCCUAAGCGAUGUCUUCGACAGAUCUAAAUUGUCAAAUACUGCCAGGGACGGAAACCCGUCAGCAAUUGCACAAGAAGAAAUAGGAAGAACUGAAAGACUGUCUAAUAUGGCCAGUUUCGAUGAUUGCAAGCUGUUUUCCUGUGGGCAAAACAAUUAUGGAGAACUUUGCUUGGGGCACUGUAACUCCACAAGCAAGAUGGAGCAUGUGCCAUUUUUCUCUACAAAAGCAAUUCGUAAUAUUGCAGGAGGAAAUGAAGUUCUUGUUGUAGUGAUGAAGGAUGGAGCUGUUUUCACGUGUGGUCUUAACAAGAGUGGCCAGUGUGGUAAUGGUACAUUUAGAGAGCGGGUUAUGUUAGCUACUCCUGUUCGUGCACUAAGCGGAAUCACGAUUAAGACGGUUGCUGCGGCAAAUGGUUGCGAGCACAUGUUAGCAAUUGCGUCCGAUGGUGCUGUAUAUUCUUGGGGAUACAACGAUCGUGGUCAAUUGGGACUUGGCUUGACGAUUUUAAAGAGUCAUACGCCGCACAGGAUUGAAAGUUUGCGCGAAAGGUAUCACGUAACAGCGGCAGCAGUUAGUUAUCAUCACAGUGCAGUAGUAUCAAGCACCGAUGAGCUGCUAAUGUUUGGCAUGAAUGACUGCGGGCAACUGGGUCUCGGCAACACGCAACAUCAACACACACCACAAUUGGUAUACUCAUUGUCGCGUCAAGUCAUUACGAAGGUAGCGUGCGGUCUUUAUCACACUGUCGCAAUUACUAGUGAUGGAGAAGUAUACUCGUUCGGAAAUAAUGACUAUGGUCAGUUGGGUCAAGGGCAUGUUCGCAGUACGAAAGUGCCAAAUCGGGUAAAGACGUCGCUUGGGGGGAGUGAUGAAAAAAUUGUAGCUGUGAGUUGUGGUUACUAUCACACCGUAUCAAUUAGUGAGAAAGGCAAGCUUAUCACAUGGGGGCGGAAUGAUUAUGGGCAACUGGGAAUUGGAAGCAAAGAUCACAAAAGUAGUGCUCAGUAUGUACCACUUCCUUUGUCAUCAAAGGUUAAGUCUGCAUCAUGCGGUUGUUAUCACACACUCAUUCUGUUGUCAAAUGGAAGGGUGAUGAUCUUUGGACGAAACAACAAGUGUCAGCUCGGGAUAGGAUCAAAAACGCUUCCGUCUGCAGACCUACCUUUGCCGGUUGCUUUAAACCCACUGGCAGAAGAUGAGGUGGUUUGUAUAGCUGCUGGAUUUUACAGCUCGUAUAUCUUAACAGGGCGUUCAGGCAAGAGUCGUGGCAUUGAUGACACGGUUGAUGAUGUGGGUCAGACAAAAGACCUUCCGGAAAAUGGUUGCUUGGUGAAUUCAGAUGAACUUUUCGAGUCUAUGAUGAAGGAGAUCGACUCCAAGCUCAGCAUAAAUUCCCUGACAAGGCGUGAACCGUUCCAGAUCAAACACGUACAACCCAAGUUGCUAUUCAUUAAGUUGUAUGCUACUGGGUGGGCAAUGGUCCGCGCGCUUAUGUACCAAUCCGUUCAAGAUGCCAACGACAAUGCUAAAAAUCGCUCGACAGUUUCAAAAAACUGCGCGAAUCCAGUGCUGUCCAUGCUCCUUGAUUUUUUGCUGGAAAAUUUGAAGCUCUUGCAAGGUGAUUCUGUAAACAGUAGUAUCAACGCGAUGAAUAUCUCUGGAGCAUCCCACGCGUUGAGUGCAAGCGUUUCGCUGAAGCGGGUAUGCAUUGGGCUCCUGCAAUACUUUGGUAUGAAGCUUGUCGUACCCGCACCAAUUUCUGGGGCGCUUGAAGACAUUACUCCAGACUCUAUGCACGAGCACUUUUUUAGGAAUCAGAUUUUAAGCGUUCUUCUAGCGUGUGGUUCAGCAAACACUAGUGUUUGUUCCAUCAUCGCUUCAAACUCGGUGGUGAUGGCUCACAUCAUCAGUGGAAUAAGCUCUUCCGAUUUGGCAUCAGCUACCCUUUCCAUUCGUCUUGCAAUGCUGGUAUUCCCGCAGCAUUCGGUGUCCACGUUCAACAAAAUUUACCGAUCUCAACAGUCGACUCCAGAGUUUUUUUCCGACGAUAUUCUCAAUAUGCUCAUGUUACUGGUGGGUCGUCCGCUUCUCCUACGUCCGCCACUUUGCUCGCACGAAAUAAACUUGGAAUGCACGAGCACUACUCUAUGUCAUUCUGCUCACUGUCUAAAAGAGGUAACAGUGACGAAUGACACCGAGAUGGCUCACCUCCAAGAAGUUGUGCUCGAAAAAAUGCAUGUUACAGAAGCAAAGGCAGCCGAGGUUGUGGCAUUGCUACGGUAUCUCACCCUUUAUCCUGCAUGGAAAGUAGCAAUAAAUGCUGCGCUUAACAGAGCUUUUGUCCAGUCAAACAAGGUUCAUGAGUUGCUGAAUACUAUUUGUGCAUACUAUGGCAACGUUCCAAACAUUGAUAACAUGGAGAUACAAACUCCAGAGCUUGAACGAUUCAACGGAUCCUAUGAUGCCACAUCACUAAGAAAACCCGAAUCAACUACAUUAUUGCCAGAAAUGGACGAAUCGAUGAGCAACGCAUCCGAUUACAAUACCAAGGCUAGUGAUUUAAAAACCAUCACGCGAGAUAAGCACUCUUUGAUGCUUUGGCAAAAAGCAAGGAUUGCUCUUGACGUGCUAGCAACGGUUCUGGCAGCUGUAAGUAUCGUUGGUGGGCAUGUCGAAGCCUUUAGAGAGGGCGGGUAUGUCACUAUUGAAAAUGAAGGGACUCAGGGAUCAUGUAGAUUGGGCAUGCUUACAGGGAUGACAAGGGAUCCACGCACGAGUGAUAUAUUGGCCCAGGUAGUUAUAGAGACCAGUUCCGAAGUACCCGAGAUACCAUUGGUUGACGGAAAUGCAAGAGCUCAGACAUUCGCGCUUGCGAAGCUUCAGAGUGUGGAGCGGAUACCUGCUCUUGCCGACAUGUUCAAUGAUGUUGAAAACGUCAUUGUGACACUAUCGUCGAUGGUUUCUACCAUCUCUUCUGUUGAAGAGGGAGGUACCGUGUAUUGUGACCUUGAUCUAUCUCAGAACAACGCUGUUCAACAGGUGUUGCGGAAUCGACUUAGAAUGUUCAAAAAGAAAUUACGGUGGCGAUCAUCGAAGGCGUUAUCGUCCUUGUUGACACAAAUCCCGAAUCUGAGCCCACAUCUUCUGACGAUGGAUUCACAGCUCGUUUCAAGCCUGGCCACGCUAGUUGCAUCUGAGAAUAAGCUCCCGUGGGCAAGCAAGUCUGAGAUGUCGGCGCUUGGAAAUACAAAUAACCUUCAGAAGCGAUGGCUUUGUGUUAAACAAAGGCAACUAUUCUUGGAUACAGAGGAAGCGAUCGAUUCUGCUCUAGACCAUUUCGAAGCCAAAAUACGCAACGAAGUCAUCCAAAAGUUGGAAAGCAAAAAUGCUCUGAGUUGGAAAAUAGAUGCCAUUCAGUCACCUCGCUGCAAAGUUAAUCAUCUUUCGCUUGCAGGUGUUGGCUCGGUGGAUUUUGAUUCAAAUAGUUUACAUGGAGCUGGAAAAGGAUCGGAUCGAUUGAAUGAAGGAGACUUUUCGUUUGGUGCUUGGGGCGUUUUGCUCCCACUUCUACCGCUAAACAAGACUGAACAGGGGCAGGUGGAUGGCGCUUUUGCGCAUUCAGCCACAGGCUACGCACCUUUUCCGCUCACAGCGUCCAUCAUUCGGGUUGGUCGCGCCGCAGAUGCAAGCGAUCUCAUUGUAAACGAUCGAAGUGUCAGUGGUCGCCACUUCCAUUUGCGGAGAUUAGGGCGCGAAGCUGAAGGGCGCGAAGAACAGUUUGAACUUCAGGAUUUCAGUAAGAAUGGAACUAUCGUUAACGGUGUGAGGGUUCAUGGGUCAGCUACACGUAUUACGACGGGAUCUCGAAUCUCGUUAAUAUUGUCGCGAGGUGGUUUGGCAACUUAUGAAUUUCGAAGUCGGAUAUCUAGUGGUGGUGCUGGAGGUCGUCAUGCGCCAUCUUCUACUGCCACGGCGCAACAAAAUGCUGGUGAUCUUAACAUAUUAAUUCCUGACCAGGAAUAUCAGCAACCGCAAAUUAAUACUACCCCGAUCGUGCCGGGAAGCCCUGCAGAGUUACAGAAUCGCGGAACUCGUGGCGGUUCUACCUUAUCGGAGGGCUUCACUGAGGGCCACGGCCGUCAGGCAGUAAGACAAGGCAUGCGUGUGAUAUCAUCUGUGCUAGAAAGCGAUGUUCCUGAAGCGUUGCUUUCACCGAAUCCUGCGGUGGAUUCACCUCGAGCUGGCGGAUAUAAUUCUCCUCGCUCCUUACUACUUCAGGCUCCGGGUACCCCUGCUGUCAGGUCUCCAGCUGCAAACAUGUUUUCUACUACGAUUCCAUCUACCAUUCUUUCUCCUGCAUCAUAUCAACAGCGAGAGAGCUUUUCGCCAAACGAAGCUACGGGGACAGCAUCACCUCGCACCCAGGACAGAGGUAAUGGGUCGAUGCUUCGUAUCGCACUAGGUCGCGACAGCGUAAAUCGCGAUUCAUCUACGCAGCGACCCCGCACUAUGCAGAAUGAACUUGUAGAGACACAUGUUCAAUACUCAAGCGAUGACAUCAGCUUGCCCUCCCAUUUGAAUGCAUCGCCCGAUCUCCAAGAGAUGCAGCUACUUGCGCACCGUCUGCUUGCACGUGCUCAAGAAGAAGACUUGAUUGUCAGUCUUUCUGACUGCGAGGAAGCACUCCGGAUGACAUCCAAUAACAAAGACGAAGCAUUAACGUUGAUCCAACAAAGGGUCGAAGUCGACUCGAGCAACUAUCCUUCAAAUGUGCGUCACUUGGCAAUGGUUCUAGGAAGAACGGAACCAGUAUGCGCAGAGGCAUUGCGCCAAACGAGUAAUAAUUAUGGGAAUGCACUUCGCUUACUUCUGACAAGCGCAGGCACUGAGUUAGAACGCUCGUUGUUGUCAUUCAAACGUCUUGAUGAUGCUACAUCAAGGGAUAGUAUCGAGGGGUCUCGUACAAGCGUACCGACAACCGAACCUCUGACUAGCUUCCAAGAUAUUUGUGGUCAAAAUCCAAGUUACGUUCUAACCGAGUCUAGCACGAUGUGUCCUCCUGUAACUCAAAGUGUUGCAGCCAGAGCGCAUGGCAGUCCUGUUAAAACAAAGAAGAUGGACAAAACUAGCAGUGUGGGUCUGGAUAAACUGCAAACAAAGUCAGACAUAACGCUGUGGAGCGAGAGCAACAGUAGCUUUGACAAUGGGAUUCGGCAGAUGAAUGCAUUUGAGACCGAAAUUGAGGAGGAAAUUCUCUGUGACUGUCUUGCUGCCAUACACGCACGCAAGAUCUUUAACGAAAUCGUGAGACUAUCUGAAAGUGCGUUGCAAAGUGACGAAAUGCCACUCAGUGAGCUCAGUGACCCUCUCGUUCUUCGUUCGUUGAUUUCACUUUUGAAGGCACCUGGAAAAGCCAACGAAAAUGCAUUACUUCCUGAGUCGGAGUGCCAGCAGCGCAAACUGUCAAAUAGUGGGGGAAUUCAACUGAUGCUGUUGCGCAUGGUGCGGGAGGUAAUGUCGCGCUCUAUCUCACAGACACUGCUGGGAAAUUUGACCUCAUUUAGAAACCUCUCGAGUCUGCAGCGAUCAAUUGGCCACGUGACGGAUCAGACAAUUAAGGUAGGUUAUCGUGGGGUCACUCGACUUCUUAAGUUUCGAUUUGAAAGUGAGCAAAGGAGACGAAUCAACGCUGGAGAGGAAGUUUAUGUUCAGGAUCAGCCCAGUACAUUGGAGAAUCUCACGUUUGAAACGAUCUUGCACAUACUUUCCCGCACGCACGUUGUACCAGCCGCAACGCUUGGCUGGGAGAGUUCACCGCUUCGAUCCCAUAAAGGUGAUGGUUGUUAUCCUAAGGGACCGAUUACACUUUCAUGCGGUCUAGAAGUUGUUGUAGUUGACACGUACGAGAAGUUGUGGAAUAUCCCUCCGCCUGAUCUGCUACUAAAGUUCCGUCACAAAUGGCGAAAACGCUUUGCUACUAAUGAUCAUGCGUGGAUGAAGUCAACUGCGGAUAAUGCCGUGGCUAUUUGGCGUCCGACCGUACCCCCAGCGAUAGAAUCUGCAACUUCAGGCUUUAAAUGGUUCUGCCUGGGUGACGUCGUAAAAUGCAAUAACGGUGCUCCGGAUGCCCCAAUGCUACUUGUCAGCGACAGUAAUAAUCAAGGAUUGUUGGCACCUCCUGUAAGUUUUGAACGAAUCGACGCUACUGGAAAAGGCUUGCCUAGAAACAUUGAAAGCGUUCCUGAUUUCCAACGUAAACAUCUGCGCUCAGUUUGGUGGCCUAUUGCGCCAUCUGGGUAUGUUGCAUUAGGUUGCGUGGCUGGAAGUAAGGAAGACCCGUUUGAGCCUCCAGAAAUAUCUAGAAUACGCUGUGUUCGCGAAGAUCUUGUGAAACGUGUUAAGGGGGUAUUCCGUUGUGUAUGGCGCGCAUCAUCUCCUUCACACACUGAUGGAGGAGGUGCAGAACGUUCCACAAUAAUUGAGGCUGGCGAUGGAGCUCAGGAUGAAGAUAUUAGAGGAAACGACAAUUUUGAGCACCACUCAAUCGGCUCAUCGCAAAUGCACAUGUUACCAUUGCCUGUUGCCGACGAUGUAGUCGUCAAUACAUCUCUGUGGACAGUAGAUUCGGACUUUACCAAUGGUCUCUUUUUACCAGUGGUUACGCUGAACGAUGCGAGCACUAGCGAGCCCAGCACCGCGUUUGUGCUGAAUAUCUCGGAUGAAGAUAUCGUUAUGUGCGCACCAGUUAGUGUUGAGAACGUACUUGACUUUCUCGAGGCAUUGCUUCAGUACCAGCGCUUGCUAGUAAGCAAGCAGUCAGAAAAUGACAUGAGUUCGACAUGCCUGCGUUCUGAGUUGCCGGCCGCUCUGUUUGCGCUGGUGCAACAGUUGCUGCGUGAAAACUAUGGUUCAAGUGGAGAAGCUGCCGUAUCGCUUGUGCGAGCGCUUAUUACUGUGACUCAGCGUGGUGCACACUGGUAUGACAAGCAAUCUCUUCUUUACUGUCGCUCUAAGAUCAUUGCUCUGAGCCAAGACCAGGACGGUGGAUUUAUGUUGCCCGCCCUAUUACAAGCAUUUGUGGAAUUAAUGCUAGCUGUAGAUGAUCAGCAACGUAGCUCACGUGUGCAAAAGCUAGCCACCUGUUUCGAAUGCGAUGGUGGUAGCCCGCUGACUUUGCCGUAUCGCUUCCACUUUUCUAAGAAACCGUUCGUGGAGAUGUUAGUGAAUCACUCGUCCAAGAUAGCAGUGACUCGACACCUGUCAGGUGAAGAGCGAAAGUUCUUAGUUAGUUAUCAAGCUGAAGGUGGAAGGAAUGCCGCUGCAAGAGAAGCGAUGGCUAUGAAGGGACUUGGUGCGUCCCCCGAGGAUGCGCAUUCUUGCCGCUUUGAGCACACACCCGUACUUGUAAUGACAAUGUGCGAUGAGGUGAAGGCUGAAGUAGUGUAUUUCGAGGUCACAGUUGUAGAGUGGAGCGAUAGUACUAGCGUGGAAUGUUCGCUCCGUUUGGGAUUCUCGCCGCCGUCGUUUCCUUUGGAAGGAGUACUUGCUGGCAGUACUGCGGAAGGUUCGCGGUCUUACUCGUUCGCGCCGGCAACUGGCCAAGUGCUUUGUGAAGAAGAUACUGUGGUAGAUCGCUGGCAAUGGGCUGGUCCCGCAGGUGGUGUGAGCCCUAUUGAUGUCUUUGGUUGUGGUUUGCGCCUGGAUACUCAAGAGAUAUUCUUCUGUAAGAAUGGCCAAAUGCUGGGUACUGCUUUCUCAAGCAUUCCUGCUCCUCAGCAACUCCAUCCUACAAUUUCCUUUAAUGCCGACUGUAAGCUGCUGGCUAACUUGGGAUCUACGUCGACAACAUCAGCAAAAGACGCCAAUUUCGACUUCAAGUUCCAUUCGCUUGACUGUGACGACUUAAUGAGUGCCUUUGAAUGGUUCGAACCACUUAGUCAAGUUUAUGGCGUGAUGAAGGCACUAAUGGACCCAGCUAGGCCCGACAAGGUGGAUGUUGGUGUCGAGCCAACUGAGGAAUCGAGCGACACUGCUCAGUUGCCGGAUGAGUUCCUGCUUUCCGCCGACAAUUUCUUGUCAGAGAUCUCAGAGGGUGUAUGUGUCCACGUGGAGAGCGCACACCCGUAUGAACUAGACCUACAAGAGUCCCUCGUUAGUUGCCCAUUAGCCACAAGUAUUCAUCUGCGCUUGUCUCCUCAAAGUGAGACUGCGAGUUCUCAUUGCCUGCGAAUUCUGCAAGGCGGAAGUACCUCGGGUAGUGAGGGUGAAGUACGAGCAUUUACUGGUGCUUGCGGAGGGCAGGAGGUCACCAUUGUUGGAGACAGUUUUGUGUGGCGAUUCCCGGUCCAGUCAAACUUUCAAUGCCGUGUGGACUGCGUGCGCAAAGGACCAUACCUUAAACUUGAUGCACGAGACACACGACUGUCACUUGUGCGAGAUAAAGGCUGGCAAGCCGCUAUUGGUCUGGCAUGUUGUGAAAGUGGAGUGCAUAUCUGGGAAGUGCGCAUUAGUUUUGUGACCGCAAGUUCAAAUAUCUUUUUGGGCAUCGCUCGCAGAGACGUUCGUAUGGACUCCUAUUUAGGAAAGGACAAUCGUGGAUGGGGCUGGAUUGGCAAUCGUGCGCUCUGGCACAAUGGAAGCAAACAACGGGGCACUUAUGGUGAAAAGUUUAAGACAGGAGACAUUGUCCGACUCACGCUAAAUCUACGUCAUGGCACACUCAGCUAUGCGCUUAACGGCAAGGAUCUAGGUGUCGCCUUUGGCCCGGGUGGCACAGGCCCUAAGCUUGAGGGUACAUUCUACCCUGGAUUUGCAUUGUACAACCAACGGGACUCGAUUGAUCUCAUCGGAGGACACCGGGUCGAGGAUGGAGAACUAAAGCCAGAUUUGCCUCGAACAGGAAGUGGGAUCGAGAGUGGAAACGAUUCCUACUACAGCAAUGAAGAGGAAAAUGUAGAGAGUUUCGGGGGGGAUGAUGCGAGUCUUGGUGACAGGGUCAUUCCGAGCUUCCGCAUGGAUUUGGCUACAACAUUGAGCCAAAUGGGAUUUCCUAUGAAGUGGUGUCUGUAUGCUUUACGUCAGUGCGAAGACGAUUCUGAGCAGGCUACAGACUAUAUUCUCGCCAAUAUGCAUACUAUAAAAGCGCUUGCUCGUGGAGAAACUGAGGCAACGAUACGUGGCGGACGCCAUCGCCUGCUACUACAUGAACAAGCUCUCUCUAUGUCUGAAAGCUUAGUUGAUGACUCGCUAGAUACACUACCGGUACCCCCUCCACCGCCUAUCGAAGGAGAAGUAGACGUAGUUCGAUCGGUAAAAGAGGUGACUACUGCUGACCCAUCGACGCUUUCUCAACAGCAGCCACAACGCUCUCCUGAAGACACCAUGUGGGGCAUAGCGUUCACUGCCGUGCCAGAAUUCUCCAUUACCGGUCGCCGUCUACUAGCAAUUAAAUUUGGUUCCAGACUGCAUCGGUUGCACGCAUCACAACGUGUAUUUACGUUGGAACGUGAUUGUGCUCUCGUUGAACUUGUAAACGAGAUAUGCGAGUCACGUGCAGAGGCUUUGUUGAGUUGUGACCCUCUCCGCAUGAACCCAGAGGAGUUUGCUCCAACAGAAGACCAGAUCCACGUCUUUCCGAUACUACGAAAUAUUCCUCUCGAAGCACUCCAGCGCCGCUUUUUGGUGUUGCGCAACUUCAAUUGCCGCUUGCAGAACACUCUCGCUUUCAUCGACUUUUCGGCCCACGACGAGCGUUCCCUUCUAGCUCGUGGUGCGCGUGAACUCCGGGGUGUGGUCUUCCAGCACGUCAAACUUGCAUGGUGGCUCGGCGUUCUCAAAGAGCAACAAGCACCAGCUGCAGCCCGUCCAGAAAUUGAGGUAGACCGCCACCGCGCUCACGACGCACUUGAGCUUUCUGAACGUGGAGAUCUGCUCGCAAGUGAAGCUGGAAAGCGGGACAGUGUAUUUGCACAAACGUUCAAGCAAUUGCAUGGCCUACCGCCAGCAUUGUUGCGAGGAGCUGACCGUGCAUUUAAGUGCCAAUUUGUGGGCGAGUUUGGUGAUGACUUCGGUGGUUUAUACCGCGAAUGUUUGGCGCAACUCAGUGUUGAGCUGCAGGUUUUCACACCAUUGCUGCCUGUGCUACGGCCUUGUCCCAACGCCUUGAUGAGCACUGGCGAAAAUCGUGAGCUUUUCGUACCGAACCCCCACCUACGCACAAACCCACAACGAGUGCAGAUGGCAGAAUUUCUUGGUAAGCUCGCAGGUGUGGCUGUGCGGACUAAAACACCGCUAGAUUUGAAUCUCCCGUCGGCAGUAUGGAAGUUACUGGUGGGGCAGCAAGUGACACGACGCGACAUUGAAGCCAUUCAUAGAGGAUGUUUUCAGGUCGUAGAUACCAUUGCUAACCUUGAUGCUUAUGGUGUCACCGAAAUGAUGUUUGACGAGAUUGUGGACGCAAGUUUUACUGUGUUGUCAAGCACACGAGAAACAGUCGAGCUAAUUCCUGGUGGAAGUCACUUGCACGUCACAUGGGAUGACCGUGAGGAAUAUGCGCGCGCUGUUGAAACCUAUCGCUUAACAGAGUUUGCACCAGUGUGUGGGGAUAUGUCGCGAGGUUUGGCGACUAUACUACCAGCACCUACGCUAGGUCUUUUCUCGUGGCAUGAACUGCGGACUCUCGUCUGCGGUAAGCCUACCGUCGAUAUAGGUAUUCUACGGCGGCGCACGAUAUACAGUGACGGCUGUCAGGCAACCGACAAGCACAUUGCCUACUUCUGGGACGUCCUGCUCAAGUUCAGUAACGAGCAGAAAUCGUCUUUCCUACGCUUCGUCUGGGGACGAUCGCGUUUGCCUACACAUGCUGCUGACUUCACACAGGAUUUCAAAAUCUCAGGGCUGCCCAAGUCUGUCGGUCGCGCUGAUAUGUAUCUGCCUAUUGCACACACAUGCUUCUUCUCACUCGACCUACCUGCUUACUCGUGCCACGAGGUCAUGCAUGACAAGCUUGUGUAUGCCAUCACUCACUGCCAGUCUAUUGACGCGGACAAUACAGCGGUGGCUCAACGAGCCGGCCAAGGUAUCAACUGGACCAACAUGACCGCGACAGCCUCGAGUGCUGUUACCAGCGUAUCAACCAGUGCUGGAUAG